AUGGCGAAGCUUCUGAGGAUUUCUCUAGCUUCGGCACUCUGGACAACUGGCUGGGCCAGCCCAAUGGAUCAAGAAGAUUACUAUUGUCUCGGACAAGCACUCUCUGGUAAAAUUGGAAGUUUCUCAUAUGCUAUAGACCCUCAGGCAUCGUCAAUCUCGAUCUGCACUGCUGAUGGGUCGAGUGUAUGGUCGAGUCCUCGAAAUCAUGCCCUCAUCUCUGCUUCAUCUGGAGUAGCAAACCUCACAGAUUCGUCUGGCAACUUCGAAAUUCGAACGAAUGAUGUCUCAAGCACCUGCAGAGUUCCUAUGAUCCACAGUUAUCAUCAAUUACCGGAAGGGGUCCUUCAGAUCUACGGCAACUUUUCGGACCCUCGCUGUGAAGCUUUCUCUUGGACUUUACAAUUUGCAACAGAUAACGACACCGGCGCGCUAAAAUUCCAUGCGAGCAUUGAUCCUGCGGUGGACGAUAUCGCUGUUGCGUUUGGAACGCCGGAUGAUGAAGCCUUCUUUGGUCUCGGUGAAAAUGCGGGACACGGCAAUCUUCGAGGCUUCAAAAUUCCGAUAUGGUCUCGUGAAGGUGGCGUCGGACGUGGGGAGGAACCAAUCACUUCAUAUCUGAAUUCGAACGCAUCGAUAUCCGGAACUUUCGCUGGAGGGUCACCACUGACGUCUUACACCGCGAUUGCCAGUUAUGCCACUUCUCGCGGGCGUUACUUGGUCCUUGACGGGCUAAAUUUUGCGAUUUUCGAUCUUGCUAGCGCUAGCAAUGGGGCGUUCACUGACACGGCCACAGGAAAUGUGACUUAUCAGCCAGACUUGUCAUCGAAGGCUGAUUUUGUGAGUAUUCUGUACGAGGGAAGCUCUGUCAGUGGGCAAGUCGGUAAAGAGGAUGGCAUGUUGAACGCUGUUACCGCGCUCACGCGAUUAACCGGCCGUCAGCCUCCACUUCCAGACUGGGUUAACGACGGGGCCAUUCUGGGUAUUCAAGGGGGCCAAUCGAAGGUCGAGGGAAUCGUGGAGGAUGCGUUGAGUUACAAGAUGCCACUCGUAGGAGUUUGGCUACAGGACUGGUGUGGGACACGCCUCCAGCAGGGCCUCUACAAUAUCUCAGUCAAGCGGCUCUGGUGGAAUUGGGAACCUGACCAGUCACUCUACCCUACGUGGUCCUCUUGGGUUCCGGGGCUUCUUGAAAAGUACCAAGUCAGAACACUAAGUUACAUCAACACCUUUUUGGCGAAUGUGACCAACAAACCGACUGGAUACACCCACAACUUUUUCCUCGAGGCGACUUUAACCGGACGAUUUGUGCGAAACGCAACUGCGGGAAAUGGUUCCACGUGGAUCAUCACAAGCGGUCCGGGCAUCGAUGCUGGCCUGCUCGAUAUUUCCAACUCAACUACAGUGGAAUGGUUUAAGGAUCUUGUCAAACGGCAAUUUUACUCUGUACCGGUAAAAGGGAUGAUGCAGGAUUUCGGUGAAUACCUUGCCGUUGAUUCUUCUGUGGCACUAACCAAUGGUGAUAAUGUGACGGCUCGUGAGUUCCAUAACCUUUAUCCAGGGUCAUGGGCACAGCUACUUCGAGAAGUUGUUGAGGAGCUCGCAAUCGAGAACGACACGCUCGGCUUCCAUCGGUCGGCUAAUACAUUCUCGGCACCUCACACCAACCUUUUCUGGGUCGGUGACCAGAACAUUGAUUACAGCCGAGAAGAUGGAAUGCGUGCGGUUAUCAGUUCGGCCAUCCACAUGGGGUUCUCCGGCUUUGGCCAAACUCAUUCAGACAUUGGGGGAUACACCGAUACACUCGCGCUCAAAUUCAACAUUACACGGUCGUUGGCACUUUUGGGACGUUGGGGCGAGAUGGGUGCCUUUUCCGGAGCCGCUUUCCGUACUCAUGAAGGGAAUAUCCCCAGUGUCAAUGUGCAGACAUAUACCAACAGCACCAGCUACAAAUAUCACACGUACAACUCUCGAAUGUUCGUCGCACUGGCUCCUUAUCGAAGAUACUUGGCGCAGGAGUAUCAGCAGAAAGGGUGGCCCAUGGUUCGCCAUCCGAUUGUCUAUGCUCCUGACGACCAGUCGGCCAGAAAUAUCAUUGAUGAAUAUUUCUUCUUCGGUGAUGCUCUCAUCGUGGCGCCGGUAUAUGACGAAAUAUCCCAGAAAGUCAGGCUUCAAUUACCCAAGGUCAAUGCCACCGGGCUCACUCAUCUGUGGACUGGGCAAAUCUACCAACCUGGCCAGAAUGUCACCGUACAUGCUCCUUACGGCAAGCCAGCCGUCUUUCUGCGACAACCGUUAAGCUCGCAGGAGGGAAUCCUCUUACGCGAGCUUAUGAAUUUUGCAGGGGAAGAGAAUGGGACUUCGUUGACGUGGUGA